AUGAGUGGUCGACCAACAGCAACGCCGUUCCGCGUGUUCGGCUCUCCCUACACGUUGUCGCUGCAUCAGCAUGUCACCUACCUCCGACUCAAGCAACUCCCUUUUCGGGUGUACUGCAGAAGUUUCACCACCACCUUGCUGUACUCGUUGUAUUACCGUGCCCGCAGCGUUUUCUGCACGUUAACGCCAAGCGGCUCUUCUCCGCUGCAGGUUUGGCAGCUAGCGGAGGUGGCAGAGCUGGACGAGGACGUCGAGGCUAUCGCUCGCAGCGCGAAGGGCGAAGUCAGCUACGCUGGUAAGGACAGGAGCGGUCGAUGCGGUGUUCCGCACGUGAGUGGUGCCGCGACGGCAGCUCCGCGUACGCAGAGGCUCCUGGUUCGCAAAGAAACGCAUCCACAGCUGCACUUGGCUUCUUGGUGUGUGGUGGUGUACACAUGCUGGUGGCUCGCGAAGACCGGUGCCAUGUUUCGCUACAUCCGUGGCGACGCACUGGAUGUGCUGGAGGGAUACGUGCGUUACUUCUUCCCAAUCCCAGGAAUCGGAUUUGCCCGGUCUAUGGCACCGCGGUUUCGCGAAGCGAUGAAGCAAUUGCUCUCGGCGACGGGUGCGUCGGAGGUGACGGCACCGUUUAUGGAGGACCACUUCCAGCGCUUCUGCGCGGCGCUCGAGGCACACCUGCGCGAGCAUCCGAAUGAGCACUUUCUGCUGUGCACCCCGCACCCGACCCUAGCCGACGUCACGCUCGGUGCCGCCUUUUCCAGCCUCUUCCUCAUGGACGACCCGCCGUCGUCGAUGCUGGCGGACAAGUUCCCAUGCGUGACGGAAUACGUGGAACGGGUGACGGGAUGGAGUGGCGCCACCUUUGUCGGCACCACUGAGGAUGUCGCCCUCACAAGCGAGGACGCGUCCGUGGGCAGUGCGGCCACGGACACUGACACAAUCGCCAACAGUUUCGCUGCAUCAGCCGCUGACAGGAACACGGACUACCCCGACACGGUUCCCGAGUCUCUGGCGCCGUGCUUCGAGCUGAUCACAGAGGUACUUCCGUUCCUCAUGUCCCAGUGCGCCUCCUUCAACGCCUUUAUGGCUGGCGACGGCGUCCGCACACUGCGUUGUGAGCCGCUCGAGGGUGAGUGGAAGGGCUGUACAGGGUAUCUGAUGCCCCAGCUCGCGAACGUCCGAUCUCUGAUGAUUGUGGACGACAAUAUCAGCAGCGUGCAGGCCCGCUCGCAGGACUUGGAGAUCGCGUUUCUGGCCGCACGCGAGGUACUCGAUGACACGUUGCACGACUUUGGAAGAAGGGAGGACGGCUCGCACAGCGCCUCGCCGCACGAUCUCAACGCCCGCGGAGUCAACGAACCCGCACCUCACACCAGUGCGGCGGCAGCGUCAGGAAUCGCGCAGAACACGGCAGCAUCCGCUUAUAGAGAUGCUGGCGACUCCCAGCAUCUUGUGCCGGCGCUACAGGAAUGCGCUGCCGUCAAUGGGGCCGCCACAAGGACAGAGGAGUCAGAGCCCAGGAGGCAAGUGGUGGAGGAGAGCGCUGCGCAGUUUCGGGAGCCGCUGGAUCCGCGCACGAUGCGAGCUGAGGAAGCAGACUUCUAUCGCGCUUAUACGGCGGCAACUCGCCACAACGUGGUCGGCACCGCUGCUUCCCUCAGCGACGUGGUGCCUCCUGCACGACAGGCGACGAGCACCGGGAGCACGGCGGUGGUCGUGCGUGGGCCUGUCAAGGAACACUUGCAGACGCUGUACGAAAUGUUGGCGAAGAUGAGCUGCCCACAGUACACCCUCACCUCGCUGCAUCACGGCCGCCGAAUCUACGUCGCUGUCAUUCCCGAGUACGAGGUGGCGAAAGUGCGUAGGGCGCGUCAGGAGGCGGCGAAAAAAAGCACCGCUGCUUCUUCAGACGUGGAAUACGUCACUCAAUUGGGUUAG